AUAAAAAACCGCUACUAACUGAUUUGAUACCGUAACAGCAUCUUCUUGUCGUCAUCUUCUUCUUUCAUGUUUUUUCUAAGAAGAUAACUGCUAUGAAGUUUUUCAUUCCGCUACCAUCUCCAAACCGUGCCGUUUUGUUGCCCCCGCUGCCCGAUUCUUCGCAGCCAGCGCCGUCGCCCCUCCCUCGAUGACGCCGCCGCCGCUUCCUCCCUCUUCAUGAAACUCAAGCGCCCCAACCGCGACCCCUCCUCCUCCACCGCCCCCUCCGAUCUCGACGACGACGGCGCCCCCAAGAAGAGCCGCCAGCAGCAGCAAGCCGAUCCUCCCGCCGCCGCAGCCGAGGACUCGGUCGCGGACUGCAGCAGCCUCGACGAGGAAUCCCGCGGCCUCCGCCUCCUCGGCCUCCUCCUCCGCUGCGCGGAGGCGGUCGCCGCCGACAGGCUCUCCGAGGCCCACGACCUCCUCCCCGAGAUCUCGGAGCUCGCCUCCCCCUUCGGCUCUUCCCCCCAGCGCGUCGCUGCCUACUUCGCGGACGCUCUCCGCGCCCGCAUCAUCAGUUCCGUUCUCGGCGUUUACUCCCCGCUCGCUACCGGCGCUACCCAUCGCCGCAUCUCACACGCCCUCAACUACUACAACGCCAUCUCUCCCCUAGUCAAGUUCUCCCACUUCACGGCCAACCAGGCCAUCUUCGAGGCCCUCGACGGCGAGGAUCGAGUACAUGUCAUCGACCUCGACAUUAUGCAGGGUCUCCAGUGGCCGGGGCUCUUCCACAUCCUCGCCUCCCGAUCCGCGGUCAAGCUCCGUUCGCUUCGCCUCACCGGAGUCGGAUCCUCCAUCGAGCUUCUCGAGGCCACCGGCCGCCGCCUCUCCGAUUUCGCCGAGGCGCUUGGCCUCCCUUUCGAAUUCCGCCCCAUGGAGGGCAAGAUCGGCAAACUCGCGGAUCCAUCCGCCCUGCUCGCCCCGCGCCACCACCGCGAGGCCACCGUCGUCCACUGGAUGCACCACUGCCUAUACGACGUGACCGGCUCCGACGCCGCCACGGUGCGCCUCCUCAAGGAGCUUCGCCCCAAACUCAUCACCAUCAUCGAGCAGGACCUCUGCCACGGCGGCGGCUUCCUCGGCCGCUUCGUGGAGGCGCUGCAUUACUACUCUGCCCGCUUCGAUGCCCUCAUCGACGGAGCCUCCCCGGAGAGCGCCGAGCGACACUCUGUCGAGCGCCAGCUCCUCGCGGUCGAGAUUCGCAACAUCGUGGCGGUGGGCGGCCCGAAUCGGACCGGGGAGGUCAAGGUGGAGCGGUGGGGAGACGAGCUUACCAAAAUCGGCUUCCGGCGCGUGUCGUUGGCCGGCAACCCCGCGGCCCAGACCAACCUCCUCCUCGGCAUGCAUCCAUGGAAAGGCUACACCCUCGUCGAGGAGAACGGCUGCUUGAAGCUGGGCUGGAAGGACCUCUCCUUACUCACCGCCUCCGCCUGGAAGCCGGCCGACCACCACAAAGAACCCGAGAAAUCUCAACACAUCCCAUAAAAGAAGAUGGAGAAGCUGAAGCUGAAGCAAAUGUGCGUUGCUAUCAAGCAAAACCCUGCUUACUGUCA